AUGGGGAAGGUGCUCAGGAUGGGGGCCCAGGAGAGGCGGAUACUGAGGCCCAAACGGCUUCAAUGGAGUCGUUUCCUCUUCCUUCUGGGAAUGCUGAUCAUCGGCUCCACCUAUCAGCACCUGAGAAGACCCCGGGGCCUCUCCUCGCUGUGGACAGAGAUCUCUUCCCAACAGCAGCCUAUCAAACUGGCCAGCCGGGACCUGCCCAAUGAUGAGAGGGAAGUGAACAGUCAUCCUCCGAAAGCUAGUUCAGAAAUGGCGGGUGAGACACUGGCACCCCAGGGCCCAGGUGCAGUCGAUGAAGCAGCACCUAGCAGAACAAUGGAGAGCCCCCCCAGUAUACCCAGAACAACCACCAAGAUCACUUCACUAGCACCAAAGAAUAAUUACAGCCCAACCACCACACGCACAGAAAGAGGGAAGGAAAAGCCCUUACCCACACCUACUAGAGUACCAAAUCAUGACACCCCAACAUCAAGCAGUCAGAUGGGAAGACAUUAUACCCCAACACCCGAGGGAGAAAGGAAGAGCAACAGCCCAACACAAGCCAGGGGAAAAGGGAAGAAAUAUACCCCAUCGCCUUCCGGAGGAAUUGGUUCUUAUGCACCUUCCAUAUCCAUGGCAAGGGAAAUAAGUCACGUGACCAGGACACCAGAGAAAGAUGGUGAACCGUGGACAUCCAGCGAGAGAGUAGAGAGCAGCCCUCCCAAGAGAAUACUUCAAGCCACCCCCACAGCUACUCCCAAGCAAAUAGUUCCAAGCACCCCGACUCCCCUGACACCUGAGGUGAUAGAAACAAGCACUUUAACGUCUCCAAGAAGUAGCAUGGAAAAGAACACCCUGACUGGCUCCGGAAGGCUAGAAGGUAACAACAGUCCAGUCAAUUUCUGGAGGGCCAUGGAGAAGGACUUCCAGACAACUCCCCAGGGAGCAAUCCUAGACCACCCCUCAGCCAUCUCUGAGGGACCAGUGACCCUCAACACUAUGGCAGGCAACGUCCUGGCAAAAACCAAAGCAUCUUCUGCUCCCCAGAAUACGAGGAGACCUGCACUCGUGACAGAUAUACCCACUAUUAGAACGCCCUCAGCCACCUCCCGGGAACUGACCAACCGCCCUUCCACAGCUCGCAGCACCCCAGAAGCCCCCAAAGUCAGGGCAAACCCAACCACCCGAGUCACUCAUUGUGUGUUUGUGGAGCCGGGCCCGGCACUGCCCCUCCCCACCUCCCCGAGCCUAACAACGGCCAUGCUCCCAGAAGCACCCAGCCCCUCAGUGCUGCUGCCCAGCUGGCCAGAGCCUCACCCCAAGGCAGAGUACCCCCCAGAUCUGUUUAGUGUGGAGGAGCGGCAGCAGGGCUGGGUGGCUCUGCAUAUCUUUGGCAUGAUGUACGUGUUUGUAGCCUUGGCUAUUGUCUGCGAUGAAUAUUUUGUCCCAGCCCUGGGCGUCAUCACAGACAAACUCCAGAUCUCUGAGGAUGUGGCAGGAGCUACGUUCAUGGCGGCGGGAGGCUGCCCAGAGCUCUUCACCUCCCUCAUCGGCGUCUUCAUUUCCCAUAGCAACGUGGGCAUCGGAACCAUCGUGGGCUCUGCUGUGUUCAACAUCCUUUUCGUCAUUGGCACCUGUGCCCUGUUCUCCCGGGAGAUCCUCAACCUCACCUGGUGGCCCUUAUUCCGGGACGUGUCCUUCUACAUCCUGGACCUCUCCAUGCUCAUCGUUUUCUUCCUGGACAGCCUCAUUGCCUGGUGGGAGAGCCUGUUGCUGCUGCUGGCCUACGCCCUCUAUGUGUUCACUAUGAAGUGGAACAAGCAGAUCGAGUGCUGGGUGAAAGAGCAGCUCAGCAGGAGGCCCAUGGCCAAGGUCAUGGCCUUGGGGGACCUCAGCAAGCCCAGUGAUGGAGGAACGACUGAACAACCGCAGGACAACAAGAGGCUGAAGCUCCCGUCCAUGCUGAUCCGAGGGAGCAGCUCAGCCUCUCUGCACAACAGCAUCAUCCGCAGUACCAUCUUCCACCUCAUGAUCCACAGCCUGGACCCCCUGGGGGAAGCCCGGGCCUCCAAGGACAAGCAGGAGAGCUUGAAUCAGGAGGCCAGAGACCAGCCCCAGGCCAAGGCAGAGUGCAAACCAGAAGAGGAGGAGCCAGCCGAGCUCCCUGCCGUCAUGGUUACUCCAGCCCCUGCUCCAGCCGCCAAGGGAGAUCAGGAGGAAGAUCCUGGCAGUCAGGAAGAUGUGGCUGAAGCCGAGAGCAAAGGAGACAUGACAGGAGAAGAGGGUGGAGCUCCUGGUGAAGGUGAAACCAAAGAGAAGAAUGGAGGUGAAAUUCAACCAGAAGGGGAAACUGAGGCAGGAGACGAACCUGAAAGGGAAAUGGAGGCAGGAGGAGAUGAGCAUGAAGGGGAAAUGGAGGCAGGAGGAGAUGAGCCUGGAGGGGAAAUGGAGGCAGGAGAUGAACCUGAAGAUGAAACUGAGGCAAAAGGUGAACACGAAGGGGAAACUGAGGCAGGGGAUGAACAUGAUGGGGAAACUGAGGCAGGAGGCAAUGAGCAUGAAGGGGAAAUCGAGACAAGAGGAGAUGACCACAAAGGGGAAAUUGAGGCAGAAGAGAAAGGAGAGGAACCCGAAGGGGAAACUGAAGCAGAAGGAAAAGGAGAUGAACACGAAGGAGAAAUCCAAGCAGGAGAUGGUGAAGUAAAAAGUGAAGAAGAUGAAACUGAAAUCCAGGGAAUCGAGGCCGACAAUCAAGGUGAAGCCGCAAAUGGGGAGGAGAAAGGGGCAGAUGGUGAAGGGGGAAGUGAUGGAGGGGAGAGUGAAGACGAGGAGGAAGAAGAGGAGGAGGAAGAGGAGGAGGAGGAGGAAGAGGAAGAGGAGGAGAGAGAAGAGGAGCCUCUGUCCCUGGAAUGGCCCGCGACCCGGCAGAAGCAGGCCAUUUACCUCUUCCUCCUGCCCAUCGUGCUCCCGCUGUGGCUGACGGUGCCUGACGUCCGCAGGCCGGAAUCUAGGAAGUUUUUUGUUAUCACCUUCCUGGGAUCCAUUAUUUGGAUAGCCAUGUUCUCCUACCUCAUGGUGUGGUGGGCUCACCAGGUCGGUGAAACCAUAGGUAUUUCUGAAGAGAUUAUGGGUCUGACAAUCCUAGCAGCGGGCACGUCGAUUCCUGACCUCAUCACAAGUGUGAUUGUUGCUCGGAAGGGCCUGGGAGAUAUGGCUGUGUCAAGCUCAGUGGGCAGCAACAUAUUCGACAUCACCGUGGGCUUGCCUGUUCCCUGGCUGCUUUUCUCUCUUAUCAAUGGAUUACAGCCGGUUCCAGUCAGCAGCAACGGCCUGUUCUGUGCAAUUGUUUUGCUUUUCCUCAUGCUCCUGUUUGUGAUCUCUUCAAUUGCAUCAUGCAAAUGGAGAAUGAACAAGAUUCUGGGCUUCACAAUGUUCCUUCUUUAUUUUGUGUUCCUGAUAAUCAGUGUGCUGCUAGAAGACCGAAUCAUAUCCUGUCCUGUAACUGUCUGAGUCAGACACCGAUGCUCAGAAAGAACAUAGAUCAGAAAACCAUACCGGAAGCUAUUGUUCCUCUUGUUACUUUAAAUGCACACACAAACAGGAUUUGAAGAGUGAAGUGAGUGGGCUGGACCCGCUGAAGUGCAUGAGAUCGGGGACCCAGCCUUCUCCUUGGAGACACUGGAAGCUCACUGUGGAUUAAGAUCCACACCUGUGGACUGGAGAUGUGACUCAAGUGGUAGAGGGCCAGGCGUGAGCAAGCAAACCGCCCUGAGUUCAGGUUCCAAUACGGUUACCAGAUAAUGCCCCCCCACCCCCGCCCUGCCCCAAAGAUUCCUAUUUAGAAAGGGUAGGGUUCUUAUGCAGACUCAGGCAGUCACCUGUCAAAUGGAGACAGAAGAACCUCUGUAGCUAGGGGUUUUCUAAAUGAGAGCCAAGUGGGGUGAGAGUUGGGACAGCAUAUCAGGAAUGAGGCAAGCUCCUUUGCUCACCAUCUAUCUCUUGGUCUUUCCUGAAGAGUUCAGGUCCAAAGAUGCAAGUGGGGUUGGCAUCGCUCUCCUGGUCCUUCUCCAUGGGAGCCUGGCAAUGUGCUUUGUCAAACUGUGUUCAAAAGUUAAGUUCUGUUGGGUUUGCAAUCAUUUUAGGCUCAGUUCCCGAGGUUUAAGGAGUUAAGUCUACAGGAAAGAAGUGUAUCAGGAAUUAAUUCUUCUAAACCACAGUCCAGUAAAAUGUACCACUACUAUUUUCUAGCUUAAAGGGAAGAUACUAGCUUAUCUUCUUCUUUUUUUUAUUCCUGGAAAAUGGAAUUAAAACAGUAAAGCAGCAUGAGAAAUAAAGUGUGUCAUUUGCCUUGAAUUGGAAAGAGUGGAGGUCAGAGAAGAAAACCGAAGGGUUGUUUACAAAUCUGUACUUACUAGAAAAUCCAAGUCCAUAUUGCUUCUUAGCAGUGGCCACCUUGAGAGACUGGAAUAUAAUCAUGGAGUUAUCUUGCCUCUGCCCCACCAGCAUGCUAUCACUUGCAGCGACACCUGUCACUAGUGAGUGAAAAGGGACGUGGUUUUAAAGAGCCCAAAGUCAGAAGAACAAAACCCUGGCAGAUAAAGUAAUAGAUUCCUAACUACUCAGGAGUUUGAGCUCUGAGGAUCAUAGUUUGAAAGCAGC